AUGGCUUCGCAGGUGGAAUACACAAUUCUCCGCACUGUUCGUUCACCAAUACUGAAGGAAAACGACAGUGAUCGAAAAGAGUUUCCAGUGGCUAAGAACCUGAAACAAAAACAUAUAUUUAGGUAUUUAUUUAUUGUUACAGGUAAUGCAUGCAAGGAACGAUGGACCAGAAUUAGAGAUAACCAUAGGAAGGCUUUGAAUUUGCGCAAGACAAAAAGCGGCCAAGCAGCAUCAAAGGUAAAAGCUCCUAAAUUCUCACAAGAACUUUCUUUUUUAAUACCGUAUCUAAACGAUGAGGAAGAACGGCGUUCAAACCUAUCACCUAGAAGUGCCAACAAUAACGAAGAAACACAACUUCAGUUACUGAAUGAAUUAGGUUAUCCAGAUAACCAUGUAUCAAGCGAUGCACACAGUGAACAAUCCAUGCAAUCCUUGGUAUCAUCACGAAUUAUCCGUAAGAAAUCGAGCUUCGCAACUUCAAAAGCUUCCAAGGACCAACUGCAGCCAGCUUAA